AUGGUGGGAAGCAUGACGGAGGAUGGCGCGAUGGUGGGUGCGAUGGUGGGUGCGAUGGUGGGUGCGAUGGUGGGUGCGAUGGUGGGUGCGAUGGUGGGUGCGAUGGUGGGUGCGAUGGUGGGUGCGAUGGUGGGUGCGAUGGUGGGUGCGAUGGUGGGUGCGAUGGUGGGUGCGAUGGUGGGUGCGAUGGUGGUGGGUGCGAUGGUGGGUGCGAUGGUGGUGGGUGCGAUGGUGGUGGGUGCGAUGGUGGGUGCGAUGGUGGGUGCGAUGGUGGGUGCGAUGGUGGGUGCGAUGGUGGGUGCGAUGGUGGGUGCGAUGGUGGGUGCGAUGGUGGGUGCGAUGGUGGGUGCGAUGGUGGUGCCAUGGAUGGUGGGUGCGAUGGUGGGUGCGAUGGUGGGUGCGAUGGUGGUGCCAUGGAUGGUGGGUGCGAUGGUGGGUGCGAUGGUGGGUGCGAUGGUGGGUGCGAUGGUGGGUGCGAUGGUGGUGCCAUGGAUGGUGGGUGCGAUGGUGGGUGCGAUGGUGGGUGCGAUGGUGGUGCCAUGGAUGGUGGGUGCGAUGGUGGGUGCGAUGGUGGGUGCGAUGGUGGUGCCAUGGAUGGUGGGUGCGAUGGUGGGUGCGAUGGUGGGUGCGAUGGUGGGUGCGAUGGUGGGUGCGAUGGUGGGUGCGAUGGUGGUGCGAUGGUGGUGCGAUGGUGAUGGUGCCAUGGAUGGUGCCAUGGAUGGUGCCAUGGAUGGUGCCAUAGAUGGUGCCAUGGAUGGUGCCAUAGAUGGUGCCAUGGAUGGUGCCAUAGAUGGUGCCAUGGAUGGUGCCAUAGAUGGUGUUCAACCAUCAGUCAGCCGACUCACCAUUUUCAGCGGCGCUGCCGUGGGUCGCGAGGAAGCUGAUGGCAACUAG